CUCGGACUGAGAAAUCUUUACGUGAUAGGGAACUGAUUCCAGCCUGGCAAACCGAGCCUGGCCGUCUAACCGAGUUUAUGUGAUAAGGACCUUAAAGGUUUUGGCGUUGUUAAUCUACACAGAAAAAAGUUUAUUUCUAAUUUGUACGCAGAUGUUAAUGCCUAAUCUUGUUUUCGCACGGUUCAUUAAACAUGCAUCUAAACAUAAACCAAUUGAAUUCACUUGUUCAUGCUGCGCAUGUGUUGUAUAAUUAACUGUAUGCCGCAAGGAUAAACAAUUUAAUAUAAGGGAAGUUCAUCAUGUGAAACUGUGAAGAAAACAGGAAGAAACAUGCGGAAAUUGAUAUUACUUACCACUUUUGUUCUUGUUGUUACGUGCGUUAAACAGUUUGAAGCAUUGAGGAUUGUUUAUUUAACACGCAGAGAUGGUGUAGCAAGACAAAGUGUUUAUAAACAGUCACAAAAUAUAACUAAACGUGGGUUAAAGAAAUACGCACGCUCCAGAACGAUGACAAAAGCGGAAGAAGAGAUUGACCUAAAAACUGAACAAGAAAGACAAAAUCAAACAAGUGAAAAACUGAAAAAACUACACACAAUGAAAACUGUCAUACAAGAUGUUAUAAGCAAAAUGGCCACCGAUAAGGACCAAAAGGAAAUUAUGGAAAAGUUGAAUGAUAAUACUAAAAUGGAAAAAUAUAAGGACUCUGCAUUGAUAAGGGAAGGUAGCAACGAAAAAGGUGGAAAAAUUGUCGAAGAAGAAUUACCGCAACCUGAUCAGACAAAACUGAGGUAUCUUGAUACAAGUAAAACCGGCAAAACUGAAGCUAUCAACGAUAUUCUGCCGAACGCAAAUGGAGUAAAGAAAGAACAAGUCGUGAGUCAUAACACUGGAAAAAAAGAAACCAGCAGUGUGAAAGCUAACUUGAUCUCUACUAGUUCGUCCGUAUAUCCAGUUGCUAAUAAUUCGUUUAUUUCGGAAUAUGCAGAUAAUAAAAAUGGCGUCAGUAAGAAUUCGAUCGAGCAUGGUGGAAAUACAAUCAAUAAUCACUCCCCGACAGUCUUCAUGGAGGAGGAUGGAGAGAAACUAUCAAAACGAAGAUACAUACAUAACACAUCUUACACGAAUGAUAUAAACACAAAGAAAUUAAAUGAUAUUAAAACCUUUAUCAGGAAGACAAGAAAAGAAUUAAAAAUAAAACGAGGAAAAAUUCCCACUACGGCUAAAAGCACCACCCACAAACUUUUACAUCAACAUUCAGGAAUAAAAAAGAAGGAGAGUAAAACAUCAAAGAUAGAAUCAAAAAAAGCUUUUACACACACCAAAUAUAUUAACAGUGGCACCGAAUAUGUUCAACAUGUAGUGCAAGACCGUCACAAACACAGCGAGACACCAUCAUCUAAUGAUGUAGACGAAAGAAACAUUGAUAUUAAUCUUAUUCUUCCUAACAUUCAACAUCAACAACUGCAGCCACAGCAGCAAGAAAAAUCACUUCUGUCACAGCAAAAACGGCAACAACAACCGCAACAGCGAGAUCAACAACAUCAAAAGGACGAAGAAGAAGAACAAAAUCAACCAACACAACAACAACAACCUCAGCAGCAGUAUGAGCAGCCACAAAAGCAACAACAGGAAGAACAGCAACAAACCCAACAGCAGCCAAUGAGCGCUACUCUCAAUCCAUCUAGCUUAUUGCAGUCUCUUACAAAUGCCCAACAAAAUGUUCCACGAAUUCAGCCGUACCCUGUGCCAAACUUUGUUCCAGUUUCAUCCUACCCAUCAUCUUCCAGUGACGGUGUAGUUGGACACAUGGUGUCAGAUUUAACACGUGCUUUAGAUCGUCAACAGAUGUCUAACGAGAUGCAACAGGUAUCAAAUACCAUAGCUCAAACAAUGUUGAACACAUUAAUUCUCACAGGACAUCAUGGUGAACACGAGGCUGAUCAUGGGGACCGUGGCUACGAUCACCACGAUUCUUCUCCAGGGUGCUGCAGCAAUACUAACUCUGCCUCUUCAAUAAAUGUUGCAGAUUUAACAAAAGCAAUAACAAACGUCCAAGGUGGAGAUACUAAUAUUUAUAACAGCAUGGCAAAAAAUGCAGCGCGCAUGUUUUUAAAGGAGAUAAAAAAAAACAAACCAAAGGAAAGUGAUGAAUCUAAUGUAGAAGAAAUAAUGAGAGUAAUAAAGCAAAAAGCCACUCCAGCAAAUCAAGAAAUCAUAUUUAAGACAGAACCCACUUCUGCACCUGAGAUAAUCAUCCAACAGGAGAAAGAACCUGAAGAAACAAUGGUAACAUUACCAGAAGUUGUGAAAAGACCAGCUGUGGCAUCUGAGCAGAUAGUAGAGACUGUUGCGCAGGCUCCUGCCUCUGCGGUCAUACAACCACCUCCAGUUGUUCAAGCACCAUCAACGCAAGUAGUUGCUCCUCAACCGAUUGUCCAAGCACCACCACCGGUCGUUCAAGCACCACCACCGGUUGUCCAAGCACCACCAUCGGGUGUUCAAGCGCCUUCUCUAGUUGCUCAAGCACCUUCAGUCGCUCAAGCACAGCCGCUGGUUGCUCAAGCACCUCCUCCAGUUGCUCAGGCACCUCCAGCCGCUCAAGCACCUCUUCCAGUUGCUCUAGUGCCCCCUCCUGUUGCUCAAGCACCUCCACCAACUUUACAACAAGCACUUCCUCAACCAAUUGUUCAACCACCACUUCAAACUAGUGUUCAACAGCCUCCACCCAUCGGUAAUCAACCACUACCACCCGUUACGCAGUUGGCUCCCCCUACAGUUCAACAGGCCCCUUCGAUAAUUCAAGCCCCUCUACCCUCAUUAGGUCAAUCACCCUCUCCCAUAGCACAACAGGCUCCAACGUUAACAGAAGCAUCCCCUCCAAUUAUUCAAGCUCCAGCACCAGUGAGUGGUCAGCAACUUCCACCUCUUCCUCCUGGUCAACAGCAAUUGGGUGGUUUUCAACAGAAUAGACGAAAACGCCGCCGUAGAAGGCGAAGACCGUAUCGUAAUCGCAAAAGAAUUUCUAAAAAUAAAAACCCGAUAACACAAACUGUAAAUCCACUUACUGAUCCAGCCGUACAACCACAGCCGCCCGUUAGCCAGGCUGCGUUAAGUAACGGAUCAAAAAGAGAACACUCAAAAAUCUUACCAACUGAAGUAUUAGAACGUAUUUUAGCCAAGGCUAUGGACAAAGCUGCCAAUACGUUGUAUAUUCACAAGAAAAAGUCGAAAAUUCAUAAAAAGAAGGAUCAUAUAAAAUUGAAAGGAAAAUGAAUGUUUUAGCAAAUACAUUAUGAAAGUGUCAUUUAAAGAGGGGUGCUAAUAGACUGCAUGAAGCCAGAAGAUAGACCGGCAAAAACAGUAUAUAGAGUAGCAGAAACUGAGAAAGAAAAAUUGCGAUCGUAAACGUUUUGUCUACUGGUUGGAAGGUGAAACAGACGUAGAACAGUUAUGGAUUAUUAACACUUUAAACAGAGUACUAUUAUAUUGACAUAGCAAGUUGUUGACACUACUGAGCCAUUACUGCAGUAAAGAAUACACGUUCGAUAUAGUUUAACGUCGUCCCCAAGCCCUUGCUCGUAUGUAACCAGUAUUAAAAGUAUUUCUACCGUUAUUUGUGGAAUAUUAUUGCGGGUUAUGUUGGUUAAGGCUUAUCAACAGGGAAAUAUAUGCUUGUGUUGUCAGGA